AAGAAACUUACCAAAAAAGAAAGAGAAAGAAGAAAAAAAAAAAAAAGAAAAGAAAAGAAAAAGAAAACUGAGGGUGACAAUCGUUGAAACGUCAAUACUGUCAGUCAAGGUCUUGCUGCGCUUCCUGCUCCAAAUCCGGGACACAACCAUGUCGACAGAGAAGCCCAGCGCCCUGCGGUCCAUUAUAGCAGGUGCCACAGCUGGUGCAGUGGAAAUUGCUAUUACGUACCCAGCAGAGUUCGCAAAGACCAGGACACAGCUCAAUCGCAAGUUAGUCGCAGGUCAGAAGCUACCAUGGCCACCGUUCGGUAAGCAGUGGUAUGCCGGAUGCACCACUCUAAUCAUCGGCAACUCUGCAAAGGCCGCGAUCCGUUUCGUCUCCUUCGAGCAAUAUAAGCGUCUCCUCGCCGACGAGAAUGGCAAGGUAUCAGGUCCGAGAAAUGUCAUCGCCGGUUUCGGCGCCGGUGUCACCGAGUCCUUGAUCGCCGUCACGCCCACCGAAUCUAUCAAGACCACGCUGAUAGAUGACCGCAAGUCGCCCAACCCACGAAUGCGCGGUUUCCUUCACGCCGUACCCAUCAUUGCGAGAGAACGAGGCAUCCGCGGCUUCUUCCAAGGCCUCGCCCCCACCGCCGCGAGGCAAUCUGCCAACAGCGCUGUACGCUUCGGCUCCUACACGUCCCUGAAGCAACUUGCCGAGUCUUACACUGCGCCCGGAGAGAAGCUGGGGACGGUAGCGACAUUUGGGAUAGGGUCAGUGGCCGGCGCCAUCACGGUAGCUGUUACCCAGCCGCUCGACACCAUCAAGACGAGGAUGCAGAGUAUCGACGCAAAGCAGGUAUACGGCAACAGUUUCCGAUGCGCGGCCUUGAUAUUUAAGCACGAAGGUGUCACGACGUUCUGGAGCGGGGCUUUGCCGCGGUUAGCGAGACUCGUCAUGAGUGGCGGUAUUGUGUUUACUAUGUAUGAGAAGAGCAUAGAGCUGAUGAAGACAUUGGACCCGGAAAAUAAAUACAUAUAGGCAUCAGGCAUCAGGCAUCAGGAAAAGCUUUUUCGUUAAUGGGAUCUGGCUGUGCGGCUUACUUUGCAUUUAUUAAAGGGGACCGAGCUAUUUCGAGCCUCGUGGUUACGGAGAAGAGGUCUCACGACCUGGAGAAAUUUGUGCCAGAUGGUCAAUGGAGUUGUCUCCAGUUUAUGCGUGUAGCUUGACCAAGAGCCAAUGCUGCUAAUCAGCAUGUCAUUGCUUCUAGAAGGGGGCAUAUUUGGGGAUAUAAAAGGUAAACUAAAUGGGUCUGAUGGGCCUAUGCAUACAAUCCAGGAGGUCGAACAGGACGCAGCAUAACCACUUAGUUAUACGUCAAAUCAUAACUUGCAUUGUGCUGAACCCA